AUGGCAACUUCCACUGAUUUGAAUAUAAAUAUGCAACAAGAGGUUGAGGUCGUCGACUUCUCAAAGCGAGCUCAGUGGCUCCGUGCCGCUGUGUUGGGCGCAAAUGACGGCUUGCUUUCAACGGCAUCGCUCAUGAUGGGUGUCGGUGCCGUCCGCAAGGACACCAAGUCUAUGGUGCUUAGCGGGGUGGCGGGGCUGAUCGGCGGGGCCUGUAGCAUGGCCAUAGGGGAGCUCGUAUCUGUGUACUCGCAGUACGACAUCGAGGUGGCCCAAAUCAAGAGAGAGGACAGGAAUGGAACCCUAGGAGCCGAAGAAAUGGAUGCGAGGAAGGAGAUGCUUCCGAGCCCAUGGCAGGCGGCGGGGGCAUCGGCACUGGCCUUUGCAGUGGGAGCGCUGGUACCGCUCCUGGCAGCGGCGUUCGUAACGGUAUACAAGGUGAGACUGGCAGUGGUGAUAGCAGCGGUAAGCAUGGCAUUGAUAGGGUUCGGCUGGUUGAGCGCGGUGCUAGGGAAAGCGCCGGUGGCGAAGUCGGUUUCUAGGGUGCUGGUUGGAGGGUGGUUGGCCAUGGGGAUCACCUUUGGUUUGACCACGCUGAUUAACGUGGCUGGUUUGAAGCUGUCGGCUUGCCCUGCUGUAUCUUCUUUGGUCGUAAUUGAUGUAGUCCUCUCGCUGGCUUUGUUCGAAGAAACUUCAUUCUAG